AUGGGUGGAAUCUUAGAAUCUUGGGCUGUGCUACCAUAGCCCGGAAAGUAUCACGGGCCAUGAAACUCGCCCCGAACUGCAAUAUAAGCGCCAUCGGAAGCCGUUCCAUCGAAAAUGCCUCAAAAUUUGCAACGGAAAACGGUUUUCCGGCAACGGCUAAAGUCUACGGUAGCUACGACGCCGUUUUGAAUGACCCCGACGUUGACGCAGUUUAUAUCCCCCUUCCGACGAGCCUUCACCUACGGUGGGCCGUCUUGGCCGCCAAGAAGAAGAAGCACGUGUUGUUGGAGAAGCCGGUGGCUCUAAAUGUGAAGGAACUCGACGCUAUUUUGAAAGCUUGUGAAUCCAAUGGUGUGCAGUACAGGACGCCACCAUGUGGAUGCAUCAUCCACGAACGGCUAAGAUGA